AUGCCUCAGAGACAUUAUGAAUUACUAAUUGUAGCCCAGAAGGUCAUCAAAGCAGUUAUCAAUUACCGAGACUAUCGUACUGCUUUAACGAAGAUAAUAUACUUCGGGUUUGAUUAUGGCAUACAGGACGUUUACGAAUUCUGUAAUAACACGUAUAAUAUCCAACACCGUCAUGCACUAACCUGUAAUCACGGCGUAUCUUUUUCAUCUACAUGGUUUGGAAACAAUAAAAAUGCUACUGAUAUUUUUGUCACCAAACGACUUAUUGGCGUUGUAAUUAUCAUUGGAAAUCUGAAGAACGUUCUACACAAGGAAAUUCAAGCCAAAAGCCAUGUUCUUGACUACAAAAGACAUCCAAUCGUUCAGAAACAACAGCAUCCAGUAAUAGCUAAGUGUAUCCAACUAGUCAAUAGCCAAAAGGCAGUUGUAAUACCAAUUGAUGACUUUCGUCGCUGUCGAAAGCUCUGA